GUUCCCAAACCCUACAUAACACUUUCCAGUCUUCUUUUUUUUUUCUCAUCUCCAUUCACUGGUAUAUUCGUUGAUUUCCUCGACCUCUGCAUUUCUAAAGUUAAUUAAUUUUGUUUACUUUUGAAUUUUUCCAACCUAAUGGAGACUAAGUCUCGAACCCUCGAACUCACGGUAUUGUCGGCGGAAGAUCUCCGAAUUAACAACAGAAAUCUGAAAAAGAAUGCCUUCGUUGUCGUUUCGAUCGACCCCUUCAACUAUCGGAUGACCAAGACUGACGCCCAAGGCGGAGGAUAUCCUAUUUGGAACGAGAAGUUCGUCAUGGGCUUGCCUGCAAGGGAGCGUUUCAUCAUCCUGGAAGUUAAAUGCAGGACUUCUUCCGGAGAUAGAAGGGUAGGUUCGGCCAAGGUUCCGGUUUCCGAGUUUAUAGGAGGGUAUGUGCCGGGGGACUGCUUGCAGUUUUUAAGUUUCAGGUUGUGGGAUGCGACGGGGCAGCGGAACGGGAUGAUAAAUUUCUCGGUUAGAGUGAAGGGGCCGGAAAGGGAGUAUUUGCCGGCGGUGCCGCCUGCGACGGCGACGGUGGGGAUGAGAAAAUUUCAAAUUGAUGGGACGGCCAACUUCGGUGGAGUUGUUACGGGGAUUCCUGUUUGGAGUGUAACUCGUUAAUAAUGCUCUGUGUUUGAAAUUGUGUACAUCACCAAUUAAGAAUGAAAUAGAUU